AUGAUCUCCAAGGCCGGCAUUGCAUUCACCGACCCACGCCUUAGCAGCUUCAUGGCCGCCCUGCGCAAUAUGAGUGAUUCGCGACGCGAAAGAGAGCACUCAGACACACUGCAUGGUCUGAAAAUGGACAAAGAUGAGUUUUUUCAGUAAGUCCAUUAAAAGCUAGGCCUUACCCACCGCUGUAUUGUUACCCAGACCUCCACUUUUCUGAAGCUAUUUCAGAUUCUACCCUCUUCCAGAUUUGUUUGGUGUAGUCCCUUUUUUCAUACCUCCCACGACAACCUUAUUUGCUGCUAAUCUGAACUUUUUUACCACAAAAGGAAACUUUUUUGCGCAUUCUACAUAAGCUCCUCUUUGGAAUAAACUGCUGUGAACACGGAUUAUUUUAUCACAGUAGAUCACUGCAAACAAGGGAACCCACAGGGCCGGUCAGAGUCGAAUCGCUGAUUUACCAGCUUCAGACACGUCCCUCUACCAUCGGACGAUUAUGGGCGCGUUUUUCAAAUGUUUCAGUUUUUCGAUUCACGAGACGAACCUAUGACGCGUUGUGCAGAUUCCGUGACAUGAUGCUUUUUAAGUUUCACGCACUUUUGUGCGGUUUCCGAAUCCUUUAUUGAGGGCAUGCUCUUAAAAUCUAAAUCCAUAGUUUAAAAAGUAUGAAAAAUGCACAACUCAGGAAAAUAACUGUUCAUCAUGUAAAACUCACCUCCAGAGGACUUCUCGUUUUCUUGGAACUCCCCGCAUGUUAGAUCCGAGCCUGAGACUACCGCAAUGCGCAAGCGUCGUGACUCGGAAAGUCGCCAAAUGACGAUGGAACUCGCAGUCAAACUAUUGUGUGUUUGUGUGGAGUGGCGGACUGGUAGACUAAGAGUCAGGCUGUAAUGGCUCCUUCUCAAUGUGACUUCUGGCACUGUCACGCGUAUGAGAUGCUCGCCGCCCAACCCCUUUGUGUGAAAUCCUGGCCCUUGUGAUUGGAGGGGGGCCAGAUUAUAUAUACGGCAAGCGCAGACGAGGUCACUAAUUAUAAAGAAGAAGGUGAGGACGCGUUCGCUGGAACAGGAAGUUUAUUGGCCCGACGUUUCGGAUUCUCGCUCGAACCCACCAUCGGAGACAGAUACAGUAGGUGGUCUAACUCAUGAAAUGUCAACCGAAAUUCCGAAAUGCGUUUUCGUUUCGAAAAGCUUAAUUAAGGAGGGUUGUAAAACUAAUCAGCCUGCAGUAUAAUUCUAUAAUGAUUCAGUUACCCUAUAGAUGCUGGCUUUCGAACGAACUUCCCUCCGGCUGCAUAUAAAAACUGCACUCUGUAAAAAAUGACUACUGAUGUAGCAUUAUUUUUUCUCAUUAAUUUUCGAUGCCCCUAACAGUCCAACUAUAUUUCAUGGAAAACAUGCAUAAAAAUAUUCAAUAUUUUGCUCAUUCGGUAGAAAAUUACGUCUUCUUUCAAUUUUACGCUCGAAGGAGGGACAUAAUUCGGCUUUGAAAAAGUUUCUAAUUGCGGGACUUUAAAAUACCGUGAAAUGGCCGCUCAUAAAUCGUCAUGUCUCCUCAUUUACCAAUGUGGCUUUUAAAUUUAACAAUAUAUAUCACAUCCAACGCUAAAUUUUAUGAACCCCAUAUGGUCUCCUCUCAAUACUGUUGAGAAAUGGGCGGUUUUCCGUACGCACAUGGCUUGUUGUUUGGAAACGCCAAAUGUAAGUGCGACAGCAGAGCGGGUUCAACAUUAUUCGGGAAUUGGAAAAGUUUUUGAAAUCCAAAUAAUACCCCUCCUUCGAGUAUAAAAUUGAAACUAUACGUAAUUUUCUACCGAAUGGGCGAAAGAAUGAAUAUUUUUAUGCACAUUUCUCAUCAAAUAUAAUUGAAUUUUUAAGGGCGUGGAAAAUCGAUGUGAAAUGCAUGCUACUUAAGUAGUCACUUUUUACAGAGCAUCUUUUUUGCAUGCAACCUAAAGGAAGUUCGUUCGAAAGCCAGCAUCCUGUGGUAACUGAAUUACUACGGAAUUAUACUGCAGGCUGACCAGUUUUACAACCUUACCUAAUUAAUCUUUUCGGAACGAAAACGCAUUUCGGAAUUUCGGUUGGCAUUUCAUGAGUUAGCCCACCUACUGUAUGUCAGCCACUGUUUAAAAUUGUUCAUGGAAUUAAAAUUUCCGCUUUUUACAUUCUGUUUUUUGAUUAAAUGGCGCCCUUUCAGUCUAUAUAAUUUCUUUGGUUUCGCAAUCUGUGCAAAAUGUGAAAACCAGGAGAGCAUCAGAAUGCCUGAAGGAAAAUGACCAAAACACAGACAACAUAGAUAGACGACAGCCAAUACAUGGGUUGACCAUUUCUAACAAAAUGCACACAGAUGUCCCUAUCUAGAUGGACUAAAAAACUAUCCUUUUUGAAAACUUCUACUACGCCAGUUAAAACCCUUGACUCGGCUCCUCCCUCGGUCAUAUCACCUGCUUCUUAGUGGGCUGGUACGUUGAUCAGAUCGGUCGAUUUAAUAGCAAAAGUUUUUGGCCGUACACUCUAUGACCACAAUAAAUGGUUUUCGUCACCUCAGGACGCACUGAAUACGUUCGACCCUAAUCAGAUUAUUUAUUUAGUCUGUGGUUUGCAGCUGACCUGGUUGUUGGUUAACGAUGCCGAAUGCAUUCAAACUGCUGUACUCGGCCUUUGGCUGUACUUCAGGCAUCACGUGGAUUCAGGGGGGGGGUGUGGCUCUGUCUCCACAACUCGUGCCUUAAAAAGGCCAUGAGCGAGAUCCAGAUCUCAUGGACGUGUGAACAAACCUUUGUGACGCAGCCGUUUGGCAGAUUAGGUAAAAGUUUUUGGUGCACGAAGUUUGAGUGGCCAGACCAGAGUCUAUUUACAAGCAGGCAGUGGCACAACGAGAAGGUAGUAAAGAUGGCAAGUCACAAAUAGACUGUUAAAUUCGACAGCGUUAGAGAGGGAGCCCUUGGUCGUUUGUGGCCGGAGACCCGUUGUACUAUUAAAACUAGAGCGUUUUGGCCUUGCAUCUAUGAGUAGUUCAAUAAGGGCUGUUUACUCUUCUGGGCAAGGAAACUAGGUCUAUCACUGUGCUCCCGAAAAUCGAAUCUUAUCCUUGGUUUCAGCCUCUUCCGUGUGUGUAUCUUAUCCCUGUCUUCCCUUCUGGGAAAACCUGGUGUUGAGAAAGAGGUCGGGUCGCCUGUGGCACACAUAGACAGACUGUUGAUUUCUGUCAACUACCUCGUCCUAUCUCACCUUUGUCAUCCUGACUCAGUCGCCCUACUGGGCGGAAGUGACUGAGUGAGGAGAGAGUGCGGCAGAUACCGUGCAAGUCCACUACCACUAUAAACUUACAGUGCGUGACCGAUCUUAUGGAAUUUUGGCCGAAAUUCUAAAAUGCGCUUUCGAUUAGGAGGGAUUACUUAAGUAGUGUCGUAAUAGUAAUCUUCACGUGGCAUACUCCCAUAAUAUUUCGAACUUUUCAGGAUGUCGGCUUUUGAAUGCACCCCUUUUCGACCUCGUACAGAAGGCGCACUCGACAGGAAAAUGGCUACUUAAGUAGCACGCAUUUUUCGCAUUGAUUUUUGAUGGUCUUAUAAAUUCAAAUAUAUUUUUGUAAAAAACACAUAUAAAAACAGGCUUCCUUUUACUCUUUUGGCAGAGAACAACGUUUUCUUCACAUUUUAUGUCCGAAGAAAGGGUAUAUUAGGCCUUGAAAAAGUUUCCCAAUUCCCGAAUAAGUUUGAGCCUGAUCAGCCGUUGCGUUAGCGUUUAGCGACUUCAGUCUACAGGGUGCAUGCUUUCCUCCGCGUAAGGAAAAUCGUUUAUUCCUCUACGUCUUUAAAAAGAUGCCAUAUGGUGUUAAUAAAAUUUUGCAAUAGAUGCGGACUACGUUGUAAAUUUUAUGAGAAACAUUGUUAAACGGAUAGGUACGAUGCUGUACGAAUGGAUAUUGCAUGGUUUUAAUCAAUCUCAUAAUUGAAAACUUUUUAAAACCUAAACAUACCCUUUUUCAGAUAUAAAAUUUGAAGAAAACGUGGUUCUCUACCAAACAGGUAAAAAAGCGUGUUUUAUACGUGUUUUCUAAAAAAUAUAUUUGAAUUUAUAAGACCAUCAAAAAUCAAUGUAAAAAAGGCAUGCUACUUAAGUAGUCAUCUGGUAACAAACGGGAGAUGGCACCCAAAAAAUCCGUUACCUAGAAAUAAUACCUUUAACAGUGGACUCAAACGCCUUCAGGCUAUAUCAGCGGUUGCAGGCGUACUUUCACGCACUACUUGGACUUUCCGCGACGGCCUAACAUGGGCUGGCCGAACGAACAUCGCAGGAGGUUACAUGGACGAUGGUCGCUAUUACCCAACCUUCCCCAUCGUUACACACGUACACCUGAAUAUACGGCAUACAUUCGCAUUAUGGCAGUUUAUUACAAAACAAAAUCACUUUUAAAUGGGAUACGUCUGCACAACAUGGGACAGGAACAGUUCCCAGGCAUCUGUCAAAGACAUGGUAUUGAGGCCAAACCAAAGACGAUACUCUACUUCGUCUCUGUGGGCCCACACAGCUCGAUCACAUAAUAAGCCUCCCUCGUGGAAUUUCCUUUUCAGUCUACUCCAGUAUGCCUCAAUGGCAUUGGUGUGCCGUCCGGUGGUAGGGUCCUUGAAGUUCUUUGAGUGGUUGACGGAGAAAUGUAGAUAACCUUCUGAGAGAAGACGAUUAUAUGCCUUCCACUCGUCCGUUACCACUAUACUGCUUUUGGCGACCUAUUUUGUAAUAACGGAACGGAGAGUGGGCCAACUUCAAUCAUUGACCUGUUCAAAUAAGGCUUUCUGUCGGCUAGUAGCGUACAUCCCCAUCAGCCACCACCCAUAAAACCCCUAUUACCACUUGUCUCGUAAGACAGGCUGCUUUGGUUAGGCGGAUUUUUUGGGUGCAAUCUCCCGAUUCUUACCUAGUCAUCUUUUACCGAGUGCGCCUUCUGUAAGAGGUCGAAAAGAGAUGAAUUCAAAAGCUGACAUUUUGGCGAGUUGGAAACAUUAUGGAUUUGUGCCGCGUGAAGAUUAAUAUUACAACCCUGCCUAAGUAAUCCUUCCUAACCGAAAGCGCAGUUUAGAAUUGCGGCCAACAUUUCAUGAGAUCGGUCAUGCACUGUGUCUUAUGCGCCUGCCAUGCUGCUGGACACUUGGUGGACAUUUUCAUCCAACUGAUAUGCUAUAUCUUGUCCACUGUGCCAGCUUUCAUCGGACCUCUAUUAAAAUUCACGUAAAUGCACUCAACCUUAAAUAGUUGCGCUCUUAACUAAUGCUAAAAGUAAUGACGGCUUUGACCAUUGAGAGGAAGUCAUUUUAGCCAUCCGUAUCAAGAAUAGCGAAUAAGUACUUAAGUUCUUUUCUUAAUUUUCGUUCAAUUUCAUUUCAUCGACUUUUUGUACUCGAAAGCAGCUGGAGUUCAACGGUGAAACCUUAGCAAUAUGUGUGUCAUUUCGAUUCCUUUCCUAUUUUCACGCUUCAUUUUAAAAUAAAUAUCUCCCUUCUUUUUAUGAUGAUAAAGCCUUUUUUGCCCACAAAACACCAAAAUCUGUGCGUAGCGGGUAGCAUAGUUUGUGAGCAGCACUGUGAGACCCGUGUAUAACAGAAGACGCGUACUUCCAUCCAACCAGCAUCAGCUUUCACAUAUUAACGACUUUUCGGAAAUCUAAAAUAUCCCCUUCCUGAAGAACGAAAUUUUUGACUAGCAUAAAUAUUCAUAGCUCAGUUUUGACGGCAGUCUUCGGUCAUGUAGUUGGGGUGACAUAUUAAGUCCCAUUUGUAAGUAGUGCACGGACCUCUUAUGGAGAAUUCUGAGUGUCUAAUAGGGCAGUUAUAAUUUCACCCUAUGAAAUGCCACAGAUAGAGCCUAUAAAUCAUAAUUCUUCAAGGUACACCAGGCAUGUCGCUGACUAAAAAUAACGCCAGUGGCUUUGUUUCACGGAAGGGGCGGUCGAAAUGCUCGUGUGUUCACUGUUUACACCUUUUUUUUCGACGCUCCGGGACGCGGUGAACUUUUGAACUUUUGGCCUAUUAGCAAGCUGCUAGCCAACAAACAGCAAUGAGCUCUUCACUUGGAGGUGGCAUUCACCGGACGCCUCGUAAUGAAAGACGCGGCAGACAGGCAGUCUCCUGAAACUCAAGACUAGAACUUUCGCACAUAAUCUACCCCUUGAGGCUUACUGACAGACACGAAACAGACUGGAGUAAAUGCCCCCGGCCUGUCUGUCGCUGUGAUUCUAGUUGUCAGCGCAUCACAAUCCAACGCCAUAGCUGCAAGAUCGGAAGACUCAUAUUUAACCCUGCAGUCAGUCUAGAUUUGGUGAAUAUCACUCGCAUAUGGGUCUUCAAUACUACCUCCUAUAGAUAACUGACUAAGUGACUAUGAACCAACUAGUGGAGCUUUCAUCUGAAUGCUUAGCCAGGAAAAAGUUAAUAUACCAGGUCCAGCCAGCAUAGAAGUGGCGUAUAACUUGAUAAUUACGACAAGUGCCUGCUCGCAGAUCUCUAUAUUGUAAACCAAAUUCUAAAAAUCGAUGUUGAAGUUUGGAAGAAUCUGACGAGGCUUCUAAGGAGUACGGGGACUUGCGCCGACCUAGUAUGUUGAAAUUGAAAUAACUUUGUCCUCUGAAAAGCCUCUUUGUCCGUUUGUACGGGGACUUGCGCCGACCUAGUAUGUUGAAAUUGAAAUAACUUUGUCCUCUGAAAAGCCUCUUUGUCCGUUUUAGAGUCACACAGGGUGACCUGAGUAUGCUCCUGCGAGUUGCCGUCAACGAUUUCUGCAUCCCCGAUUUCCCCGCCUUCAAGGAACGCAUUAAACAGCUGUAUGAACAGUGCUCCAGCUGCAGCCAGGGUCAAGUGGCCAAUUACAUUCCGCAGCUAGCCAAGGUCGAUCCAAAUCUCUGGGCUGUCUCCAUAUGCACCGUGGACGGACAAAGGCAAGUCUCCCCUCCAAAUCAUGUACUUUUAAACGCUGGAAAAUCGGAUGUUGGGUUUAUGCAAUCAGCGGGAUCUGUCUUCACCUACUUCAAGAUCUGUUGAAGCGCGGGAAAGUAGGUUAAAUAGCAAGCUUAGCAGUUGUGGGCACAGCGAGUCAGCGCCAAGUGGAAUCUCAGUCCAUGCGAUAGGACACCUCUGGCAAUCAGACUACUAGUUCCUCUCCGAACAGGAGCAGGGACAUUUUAUGUAUGCCCAGUCUCCGCUUAAAUUAAAAUGCGAUCACAACUUUUUACACUCGUAUUGUCCUUCAAGUUUUACGCUUAGUCGCUGGAUCACUUUUUCGAAGGGGGUGUCCGCUUAAUGUCCGUGUUUACUCUGACUUCAGUUAUGUUUGUUUAACAGGGCAUGAGGUGCCAUGUGCAGUCAUGUUGGUGACAUUUACGAUCAUAUUACAUGCGAAAUAACUGCAUCGGCAGUAUCUGUUGCCCGUAAUUCACCCGCUGUCUCACAUAAACAAAGUACGCGCGAAAGAAAGACUGACCAAUUUCCUGACUGCUGUAACUGCAUGUCCGGAAUAUAGCGGUUUAUUUUGUUCUGAGUGAAAAGUCCCCAUUGCAACAAGCAGGCUAACCGACGCGUGACUCAUUGGCUGAUUAAUGUGGGUUGUAAUCCCGGAUAGCCCAAACCCGGGGUUGGACAUAGGUGGAUAAUGACGGUUAAUAAACCAGAAAUGACCACCUUAAUCCCCCUUGUACUUUCUUAUAUUCGUUCUUGUCGUUAGGUUAGCCUAUCCGUAACUUUAGCAUUGGCUGGCUGUCAACGGCUGCGAUAAGGACGCAGAAGGCACUCUGAAACCUCCAUUUGUGGCAUGUCGCCUGUCAUUUCGCGGCAUGUCUUUUUUUCUUAAGACCGUGUCCUUUGGAGACACAAACAGUUUUACAACAGCUUACGUAGCAAGUCAAUAACUUAGCCCGACUGCACGCGUUAAUAAAUACUGCCAACAGUGCUGAACACUGGGCCUUCGCGGCACUGUGCGGCUUCCCUUGCGUGACGAAUAUAAUUAUUCGGUCACGCGAUCCGGAAGAUUCAAAAUUCAUAGCUGACUGCUGUCCUUACCCUCGACUGGCAACAAAUAUGCAUUCUCACCCAUGCAUUAUGUCAAUUAAAUGCGAAAAAUAUAACCUGUAGAUUGACCGUCCAGGGCUCUUUAACUGACAGAGCUUUAUGUUAGCCCUCAGCUAGAAGAAAGAGAUUGUCUAGUAAAAGUAAGCUUUGCCAGGGAGCAUUGCUGUGGUGUCGAAAUACUGCUCCGCUGGAGUUUCUUCUAACCGGUAGUCCGUUCACUGUACUCCACAGGAACUGGCUUACUUAAAGAAGCUGACUCAUCAGAAUAUAAAAAUGAUAAUAUCCCCAACAUCCGUCCCGCUCUCCUCUCUCUCUCUCUCUCUCUCUCUCUCUCUCUCUUGCCCCUAUAUCAUAACUGAGUUAGAACUGCCGGGGCUACGAUAAGAGGCAUUAGGUUUACGCACUCCAGAUGGCCUCUUCAAUCAUCUCUAAAAAUGAAAUACACUUCAAACGAUUGCAGUUAUCCCCCCCCCCACCCCCGAUAACCACCAACAGAAGCUUGCUAGUUAAGCUGCUGGCCGGUUGGGGCGGGCCUAACUUUCAACAGUAAAGCUCCCCGUUAACGAUCAUAUUGUGUCCCUGGCCAAAAUUAGGUAACUGUAGAUGAGAACGUAUGCAGCUCUUAUCAGGAAAUUUAUGACCGUCGUUCCCCCCUCCCUACACGACCAACCCCAACUUUAAUAACCAACAAUUCGUUAUUAAUAGAGACCACGAGUAAGAGGAAAGUUUCUAAUUGGGAAAAAUGCGUGUUAUAUGACGAAACCAGACCGCCGAGCCUUCAAAUUCCAGCCGAGUGCCCUGUCGUCAGGCUGCGGACAGCGCGUUGAUUUCUCGUUUGUAUGGCCUAAAUUUUAAAAAAUCUUGCUACUUGCUAAACUUUAAUACCAUGUUAAGCUGCCUGCUACUACUCAACCCUUACCCGGACAACCCCCGUCAGACGGGUAGACUGCGUUCUAAGCCGAUCACCAGAGCCUCAUCUAAUUUUUGAGGACAUGCAUAUUGUCCCUUGAGCACUCGCACAUACUGACCAAGACAACGGUCCCGCAAUUAAAAAGUAACUUUCAGGAUUACAUCGGUAGUGCAUCUUUUCUGUCUGGACGCUGGAUGUCUGACGGUUUGGAGUCGUAGGUGUUCGGAUGCUAACCGGGCAGAGGAAUGCUUCAUUUGAUGGCGUUUCUGCAGAAGCAGCAAUCCUUCUUUCUUCAUGAUGACUCGUUCAUGUGCACCUUUGGUUCUCGCAAUUGUAGGCAUGCUCACAUUUCUGUCUUUUAGGGUCUCCUAUGGUGACAGCACAUCACCCUUCACCCUUCAGUCAGCAAGUAAGCCUCUGAGUUAUGCGCUCGCGCUGACUGAACUCGGAUCAGAGGAGGUUCAUAAAUACGUCGGCUACGAACCAUCAGGCGUGCCCUUCAAUCAGAUCUCUCUAAACUGCAAAAGUAAGCCCAUCCAUCAUCCUGCCGACGUAAUUUCCCCUUACACAACCACAAGUGUAUAUGCUAUCAGUAUAUGGAAUCGGCAGGACUCGUGGCAGUCUUGAACACUUCUGAAAACUGACAGUGACCAUUAGAAAGUUUACUGAAUUAAGUAUAAUCCGUUUUGCCUUGUCGAUCAAGAGGUAUCGCCUGUAGUCCUAUAACGAGGGACAAGCGGUAAUUGAUAGACACUGUCGACAAUGACUGUCGUCGUCAUUUUCAGUUUAUUUAUGUCUUCAUCCUGAGGCUCAAAUCAGAAUGCAACUGACGCAGUCCGCCCUGCCAUUCCGUCAACCUGCUGAACGCGAUUCCCCAUAGUGGUUGACGGAGCAGUAAGUUCUAUAACGCAGUUAAUCCCGGUCUAGACUCUAGGUUUUCCUGGUCUUGAGUGUGUGUGUGUGUGUGUGGGGGGUGUGGGGUGUGGCCGCCACAUAGGCCAGAAAUUGUUAUUUUAAUUGCUUUUGCCCGUCUUGGUAAUGCUUGCUGAUUACCUAUUGCUCGGCAAAUACCUUGGAGUGCUCUCAACUAGGAGAUCAGACAAAAACUAAACGCCUAUAUUCUCUCUCAUAAUCAUGAUUAACUGAUGAGUGCCAAUCGCAUUUCCUUUUGAACACCCUCGUCGCCAGAUGACGCAGGUUCGUCGUGCCGCCUGGCAGUUGGUCAUUUGCGUCACAGACAGUUACGCCCCCCAGGUUCACUCUCCGCCCCUUCAAGUCCUUUGUAUGUUAUACGGCAUUUAGCUCCUUUGCUUUGACCAGAUCGACCCCACAAUCCGCUCAUCAACUCGGGGGCCAUCGCGGUGGCCAGUCUGCUGCAACGGAACCUCAGUCGACCAGAACGAUUUGUCUACGUACACGACAAGUUCUCUGAACUGGCUGGUCGCGAGCCACUCGGAUUCAACAAUGCUGUGUAAGUAUAUCUGGCAACCUUUUGUCUACUCUCUUCCAUUUCUCGCCUUCCGCCUUAGGAGGGCUGAGGCCUGUCUCACAAAAUUCCAUAUCCAGCUGAGUGAUUUGCAACCUUCUAUAGGACCAUUUUCUGGUUGGCUGGUUUUUGUCUCAAGGGCUAAUUGUUUGGCAGGGAUUCUGUGUGUAAAAUAGGGCCUAGCACUCAUCUGGUGGACAUUAAGCCAACAAACUUCCACAAUGAAUCCACUACUCGAAGAUGAAUUCCGCGGAUCAGUGGACACUCACCGACAAAACUUGUUCCCGCAUGAUGCAACGGCCACAACCUUGUCGUCGGCUGGUGGUUUUCUACAGAAAUCAUACUUAUAAACCAAACUUUUCUUUCGUAGUUUCUUCUGUGUAUCUAGGUUGACAGACUCCUGACGACUGAAUAGCCAACCCUGCCUACUUUUUUUCGCGGUCCUUUCGUCUGAAAGUUGACCUCUACGGCAUUCUUUUUUCAUGUUUCUUGAGGUUUUUAGCGCCACCCAGAGGUUUAGGCACUGGCGCUGCGUAUUUAGGCUAAAAUUUUUCGGAUGGAAUCACCCCGGGGUGACGAGGAGCCAGAUACACUGGCACACGAUUCUUGUACAUUACGCAGGACACGGUGUCCUGCUGCCAUCAUAUGAGAGCUCCACCAAGGACUUUUCGACAAUGACCAAGUACAUGUGCGGGGCAAGAAAGCUCCACCUGUUGUUUAAGAAAUUCGCUAGCGUGUUAAUACUCCUGCUCUACUGGCAGAUAUUUGCAUUCCAUCUGCCAUCAUCUCGAGUAUAUUUUUACUACCUGACUGCCCCCCGUGCCGAAAGUUUUUUUUAAAAAUGAGCUGUAAUUCUACUAAAUAAUUGCGUGUGGGGCGUGGAGAACAAUGAGCCAAUGCAGACAUUGUAACUGUCCCGUCUCCUCGGGGCAAUUCAGGUCGGCGAAUGUCGCCCUGCCAAUGAAAGGCCAACCAAAAACAGUGAAGAGCAGCAUCUUUGAAAAAUAUGGUAGGCAGUCCACCAUAGCUUUCCCUUGCCCCGCGCAUAUACUUGAUCCUUACCGGGGUUUCCUUCUGGAAGACAAGUUUAUGCCAAAAUGUUGCAGUCUUCUACUUUGUCCAUAAAUGUACGCAGAUUACUCAGUCAGUUGUCAGCUUCCCCAGUGAUACUCUGCAAAUUGUUGCACAGAACAGAAGAUAGACAGGGACGGCCGAGAACAAGUUUACUGCGGCAAUCAUUGCGCAUAUACCAUCUCCUCCUUCCGUCUGUCCAAGGCAUCCCCCUAAGGCACCAUGACUUUGUUUGAUUCGCGUGCUUCCGCUGGUUAGGGUCUGAGCGCCAACGUAGACAGAGGCCUCACGAGUUGAGGGCGCCAGAAGAAGGCGCAUGACCCGGCGACGCGCUAACUGCUGACUCACUCGCGGACUUGGUGGACGAGCCUGACCUGCUGCAUGGUGGCUCCCUGCUGUGCAUUAAUGCCAGGCAACAAAGCUGGGGCACGGUGUGCCCAGCUUGCCCUAACAGAUCCAUUUUUGCGUCCAGUGUGGCCUGGAGCAGAAAGCUGGGGCGGCGGUAGACACUAUUCGACCGAGCUACUAUUUUUAGCAGCCGACCCGCGGGCCUCGGCGCCAUGACAGUUUCACGGUAAGUUAACGGUUUCUUCGCGGACACAGUUUGGGAUUGCCGCUGUCUCCGUACUACUGCGUCAGUGCUGUCUCUAUGAGCUUUCGCACCCGACAGAUCAUUCAUGAGGCUUUGUGUGUCUGCUGCAUACCUCCCUCUUUGCACACCUUAGCGCUGCUCGAGAACUGCGCGCACAAGGCGGGUCUUUCGAGUAGUCCGACGAACCAGUGAGGGUCAUUUUCAGGGUACGUACAGGCAGUGUUGGGAACGACAGUAAUCAGGCAACUCAAUCCUCCCUUGAGCGCACAAAAUUUGCGUGAAUAAGCUGCUCUACAAUGGUAAGGGACGCUCACCGAUUGUUCUUACGGAACUUACCCGUUCCGUUGUACCUUACGGGCUCUCUCGAGCCCAACCAGCAGCCGCACAGCGGCGCAUGAUUUAGGCAGAAUGGCUGUACCGACAAAGACAAGGGAGACUGGAAUGGCCAUUUCUGGCUUAUUAGCCGUCGUCAGCCUGUCAUACCCAACUAGGCAUCGGUUUUCCCACUGAGGCUGUGAUUUUCGCAUUCUGUUAAGUUGGUCGGCAGUGACAGUAAUUAUGCUAACUGUGAUGUUUGCCAGCUCGAUCAGUUAUGAUACUACAGAGCCAAGUGGUUAAAUACUGCCGACUUUAUCCUUCGCAGGUAUCUAUCAGAGCGAGCGACUGCGGACAGGAACUAUGCCAUCGCCUAUUAUAUGCGGGAGAAUGGAUGUUUCCCCGAGAACUCAGAGCUCGACGCUACCAUGGAUCUCUACUUCCAGAUGUGUUCGCUGGAGUCUACCUGCGAAGCCGCCGCUGUGAUCUACGGCACUCUGGCCAACGGCGGCAUCAACCCACUCACUGGAGAACGAAUCCUCUCAACGGAGGCUGUUCGUGAUACGCUCUCCGUCAUGCAUUCCUGCGGCAUGUACGACUAUUCGGGACAGUUCGCAUUCAGAGUGAGUAAUGUUAAAAGGGAACCUUUUCUUUAUACACUUUAUUAGCAUUUCAGUCGCAAGUUGAUUCUCGAUUAUGGGAAGCAUUAACCAUGAAGGGGGAGAAGACUCAGAAUGAUUUUUUAAGAGCGAAAGAAAAAUACUUGAACUUUGCGUUCCCGUCGAAAUAUGGAAAACCAGAACCGGUUAAACACUGGUUUAUAGGUUUAACAGAUGUAAUGUGAUUCCAAGUCGAUAUGAUGAAAACAUCAAGUUCGCCCCGGGAAUUUUCAAGCUGAUGACCAACCCGUCAUCAGACGCAAACACUGACCACGAGGGUCUGUGAACACAGCUCACUGAUACCUGUUACCACUCCAAAUCAACGAGCACUAGUCCAGCCUCCCGCGGUCUCACGGAUCCGCUAUCCUCCAUGCUGCUCUAGCGCAGGGAGAAGUAACUGCACUCUCCUCCCCUCUCGAAGGCCUGCCGUCCCGCUCUGCCCACCCCCACCCCCGCCCCCUUCACUCACCAGUAGUCCCCUUUUGUAACCUCUAUGGCCUCAAACACCCUAGAGCGAUGAUCCCACUUUCGCCCAUAUUCAUUGCGUCCAACGACGCAUUGGUGUCACGGCUCAAUCCCUUCGUCUGAACUCUCAAGAAAAAGAAAGCGACAAGCGGGAUUUGUUAAGUGAAUCGGUCAGAGACUGUGAAAAUCCUAAGAUGACUGCACAGGAGUGUGCAUAUGGCAGGAGAACCGUCCGUCGUUUGAUUUGGUUCUCAUCAAAUUUGGGGACUAUAUCACUUCGCAAUCUGAUAUGGAUGUUACUAUCCUUUCAGGUGCUCGACCGGAGGCCAGUAUGCCAUAGUGCAUAACCGAAAUUGCGACCAUAGCCUCUGACUUCUCACGGCCACCAAGGCUGUCGUCUCCAAUGAUGAGCGGUCGUAUACGUCAAGUGGCGAGCAUUUCGUCUUCUCAUGGCGGUCUAUCUGGGACGGUGGAGUCCACAAAAGAUUUGAGAAACAGGAAUUCGAGGCAGGAGGUUCAAAUAAACCAGAAUUUUUUGUGCUUUGAAGUGCUGAACGUGGUUUUUGACACUUUUACCUCGGAAGGGGUAGAGGAUGAAAGUGUUGUCCUGCAGGAUUCUGGUUUGGGUCCCCAACUCUUCCUGAUCUAUUUGAUCAGGGAAUAAAAUUAGGAAGCUGUAAAGUUCGUGGACGAUAUAAAAAUAAGGUCUGAAGCUGACUGUGCUGACGGCACAAAAGUUGCAGUUAAACAUUGGCAAACUGUAUGUUUGGUCGAACAGGUGGCUUCUAAGGCUUACUGAAUCCAAAUGCGUGAUCCUGCAUCUGAACGCCUUUCGAAAAAUACCUCCAAAACACUAUUAUUUUAUUGACAGUACCGCAUUGAAAGAUGUGGAAAAGCACGAAAGUCUGCACAUACUGACGGCCGCAAAUCUUAUUCUGUCAAAAUACCGUAAGAAGGUGGUCAAGAGGGUAGCUGGUAGGUUGCACUGGAUUAGACAUACGUUCAAAAUGUCUCCCCCUGCACUCUUCAGAAAAAUCUUCCGUCCUCUUCGUGAGAUCCCGGCUGGAUUACUGAAUUCCAGUCUGGACACCGUGGACAAUGACCUCCAAACCGAUGUAACGUUAGGUAGCGAAAGUGGUGUGUGGUCUUAAGGAUUUCUCGUACCAGGAUAGGUUGAAAGGCUUGAUUUGUACCUCUUAUUUUGCAGGCAAAUAAACGGCAGCCUUCUCAGGUGGUCAGGGUUAUUUGCUGAGAUCGGACUACUUUAUUGUGUUUGCGUGCGCAACUCGCCUACGCGGUAAUCCGAACAAGUUCAGAAGCUAAGGCACACAUAUGUCAAAUAACAAGCAUUUCGUCAUUUUAUGGCGCAUAACUUUGGACAAGUUUUUUGCUCGAUUUAAGAGAAAGGCCUCGAUGCAAAAGAGAGAAGCCACAUGGUAAGAGCAUGUUAUUGUCUGUUACAGGGCGACAUUGUUCUGGCUAUAUUAAUUUCAUACUAAAGAAUGAUCCCAACCAGCAUUGGGCCUAUUUGUUGUGGGAUGUUUUGCGAAAUACCGUAAUGCCUAGUUAUAUCGCGCUUCGAGUUUCGCAGCUUCACUCUAUCACGAAUUUUAUAUGCAAGCAAAUAUGAAUAUAUAUGGCGAAUUUUUCGCUGGUUCGUGGACUUCUGAGGAUAAUUCGCCUUUUUUAUUUCUAAUACAUGCCAUCUAAGUUGGUUAUCCCAGUGGAUCUCUUACAUGGGACGCUUUUAACUAAUAGAAUUCAAAGGGCUUGUUCUGUAUAAGUGUGCGGAAGGUGUUUGUAAGAAACCGGGGUGGAUUAUGAGGACUUAAAAUACAUAAAAGUAAACAUGAAAACGCACGGCCUUUACUUCGUGGAUUUUCACUUUUCACAGGGCGUUCUGGAAUACAACCCCGCUAUCGAAGAGGGAUCACUGUAUCACUGGUUUCAUCGGGGCCGCAUGUGUCGUUCUGACGUUCAAACCCAAAGGAAAACCAUGCUAGUAAUCGAUCAUCCUUUUAUGCAAAUAUGUCUUCAACUAUAAAAUACUGCCCAAUUUGGACUGCAAUGCCGUUUAGCUAGACGAAUGAUAUGGUGUUUGUUUACGCCCAAUGGUCCUUUCGGUCGCAAACAAAAAUCUUUCCGCCGGCCCUGUUAAUCAAACUUAGAAGAACUCUUUCGAUUAUGAUCCCUAUUCUAUGAUUUUCCGAUACAAUGGGCAUCUUCUUCAUUGUCUUUCUUGUUUCCUUGUUGGAGCCAAUUUUAUUUCCAACCUAUAACUUACAGUCAGCGAUUAAUCUCAUGAAAUUUUAAUCACAGUUCCUAAAUACGUCCCCAACUAGGAAGGAUUGCCUAAGUGUGUUUGUAAUAUUGAUUAUCUUGCAACAUAAUAUCAGGAUAUUCCAGUAAGGUCAGGAUACCGGCCAUUGAAUGGACUUAUUUUCGGCCACCCGCAAAACCCGCACUCGAUAGGAAAUGCCUCCUUAAGCAGUAUGCACUUUAAAUAUAUAUAUUUUGAUGUCCUCACGAUGAACACCACAAAUUCAACGAAUCGGGUUGAAAAUUCAGAAAGACGGCAGUUAUGUGAGACCCGACGUAAACGGAGGACUAGGACGCAUCCAUAGUAUGAUUCAGUCGGAUCCAUCUUAGAGCUGUGGACAAAUUCGCGUAGCCUGGGCUUUCCUUCACAGGGCAUAUGCAGCUUCAUGACGGACUUGCAGGUCGGGUCCCCAAAGCUAGUCAGUUCUCCCUCAGGCUGUAGCAUUCUCGUCAGCACGAAGCCACGGAUGUACAGAGCUGUCGUUUUGAGUAAGCCGCCCUACGGCGCGAAGACGAUUACAGUGUGCGGAGGUCAGACGAGAAAAGUAGGUUAGUCUCGCCCAAGAUGCCUCCAGAGAACACCGAAAAGGAAGCAAGAAAAGGAAUCUCAAUCACUAACGUCCCGAAAAUAACAGACAACCUUCACUUCCAUUCCAUAAUGGUACAGGUCUAUCUGCCAUAAGGCGAUCGCCGUCCCAAUUGAAGCUGUGGUCAUACUCAAGGACGUGCGCAAACACGAGGGGCAGAGAGUCACGUCGGUGGAGGGCUUAUGCGAGUCUCAAGACAUCGGCCUGUAUGACCAAUAUAAACACAAGGGCAGUUUGCUCAUAGGAUGCGAUAGAUGACAUUAGUUAGUUGUUCUUUGGACACCAGGUCCUUUACUCGGCAUAUUAUUUCGCGUAGCGAAGAUGCGAGCUUGUGGACGAUGCAGAUGCCAAAGCGUUUUAAUUGUCGGGAGGUCGUUUCAGAAUUUCCCUCAAUGAACGGCAAUGAAAAUGACUUCCGUGGUACUUUAUCUCCAUUAGGAUCGAGGUUUGGUGGUUGUCUUUGGCGUCUGAGACAGUUUUUUACAAGGCCGUCCGGCUGUCCGUUGAACCGGAAUAACCGGUCUAAGUAGCGCAGCUCUUUCUUAAGUAAGUCGUCACUGUUGCAGAUAAAGAAGACCCGAUGGAAGAGAAUGCGGACACAGCUUCUUUUAUGGGCCGCAGGAUGAUUUUGGCAUUAGUCUUUCCGGGGGGUGCUUGCUGCUAGUUUGUCAUCACUAAGUCAGUGUAUACUCACAUCUUAAAACGGGAGGGUAUCUCCCGAUGCUUCUUCGUGAGUAAGCUGAAUAGCCGGGAAGAUGUUAUUUACGUUCUGGUCCAAUCGCUCAACUUCACUUAUCCUUAUGAUGACGAAUGUGUCAUCUACGUAGCUGAGCCGUAUUUUUUGCUUCGGUUUGCAUGGCAUCCUGUUCUAGUCGUUGUAAGACUAGUUCUGCAAGCAGCCCCUAUACUGAUGAGCCCAUUGUGGUUCCCUUAACUUGUUGGUAGUACCUGUCAUCGAACUGACAAUAAUUCUUGAGAUAAGGCUUAAGCAUUCCUAGCUGCGUUAGCACGCCAACGGGAUUUUUCCCUAGGUAUCGAGCUACGCUCUUAAUUGUCAAGUCAUGUGGCAUUGAAGGAAGCAGGGCAACAACAUCGAACGAUAGAAUGCAUUCGUCAUGACUUACUUCAAGGCCUUGGAUCUUCGGCAGGAAAGCCUGAGAGUUUUUAAUGCUGUAUUGCGUUCCUUUAGCGAGGUGCCUUAAGUGCCUAUAUAAUUAUUUGACAAGGUUGUAAGUAGGUGAUCCAAUAAGGGGCACUAUGAUCCUCGACGGCGCAUCUGCCUUGUGCACCUUUGGAAGACCGUACGCGCGUGCGAUGUGUUCUUUAAAGUAUAUUUUAAUUUAUAAGGGUAUUGAAAAUAAACGGAAAAGCUCAUUCUACCCAAGUGGUCAUCUUUAUCGGGUGCGACAUUAGCAAGCGGCCAAAAAGAAGUGCACUCAAAAGUCGAUAUCCUGUCCUGACUAAAAUAUCUUUAGAUAAUGCCAGAUAGUGAUCAAUAUUACAACCCUACUUUUGUUACCCCUCAGUCAUUGGCUGUGAAUGAGGCGAAUUUGAUCGAUUUUAUAGUAGUUUAAAUUUGAGACUUUGGGGCAUUAGUCGCACAACUACACCUGCAGUCUAACAUCAGUUGGUUUUUAAUGGUACUUGCGAAUCAAACAUCUUUAUCCAAACACAUUUUGGUACUUUAUGGCUGUACGGAUGUCCACUCACCAGAACAGGAAUAGAAAUGUUAAAUGACCUUCGGAGGAAGCGCAUGCCGUUUAUUUUGGAAAACUUAAUAACAAUCUAGGGUAGACUGACCUUUAGGACUUCUUCGAUGUGCAUCUACGCUUUCACUUGGUCCUAUGAUGCAGGUUAUAUUGGCCAAACGGUUUGACCCCUAUCCAAGCGAAUGCAAGAGCACUAAAUCAAAGCAUGGAAAAGUUUCUUGCUCGCGCAAUUGUUACUCGCUUGAGAGCGGCGAUCGAGCAGAAGUUAGUGAAGCAUUUCGGGUCAUUUAUGAAGUGCGGACGAGGCACCCCAAACUCGUGCGCUAGCGGAUGUCUGCAACGGCGGCGGCUGUUGUCAUACAAUCAACCAACCCAACCUUGUGCUUGCAAAAAUCCCACCCCACUUUCCAUGCCCCCGAGAGAACUAGACCAUAAUUGCCCCUGAUAUCCGACACGUCUGAACCCCUUUGACCCUUUCUCGCUCCCAUAACUACUAUUCAUUGACGGUUUUUCAACUUUCGCUGCUUUACCUCAACUUAUAUUAAAAUACGUCCUGCUAUUUUACGGCUGUCAUGAGGUCCCUCCCUAGAACAGGAAAAGAAAUCUGAAAUGACCUCGUGCCUUUCGCCAAGUUCGGCACUAGUUGCUCUGAUACACCUGCAACCUUGCAGGAGCGAAACAUUCGUUGGUUUUGAUCAAGUGGGGAUGUGAUUUUUGCUGAGUACGAGAGAGUAAACUUGCGUAAGAUCUGUAUGCUAAAUAUGAUUGAGCAGAAUUUCCGACAAAGACUUUGACAGGGGAAUGGACGUCUCUGGCUUAUCUGGCCCCAUCAGCCAGUUACUCCCAACCAUAGUAAAAUGAUGUGCCCGAGUCAGUUGGUCAUUGAGAAGGUUCUUACCACUGCACUUUUGUUCUCUCAGUGCUGAUCGGGAACAUUCAGUUACAGUUGACUUCAUUUAAAAUUACAUUCCUGACUAAUCAAUAUUGCCUUUUCUGGCUAAAAAAAAUAUCUUUAAAUAUCCCCGUGAGGAAUUUUAUGUGUUUUGCUUUCGAUUUUUCAGUGCGCGUUAUGCCUAAUGUCGUCUUUUUAAAGUACGGAAUUUCCAACAGGCCAGAAAAUGUUGCAUUGUAGCCUUGGCAGUCAUGAUUGGGGGGGCAGAUACAAACUUCAUCAACUGCGUUCACCGGCAUUCUUUUGUUUUUUAGGUUGGUCUCCCUGCAAAGUCAGGCGUCUCCGGCCUGAUUGUACUCGUCAUUCCCAACCUCAUGGGCAUUGCGCUGUGGUCGCCGAGGAUAAAUCACCAGGGCAACUCAGUGCGAGGAAUUCAAUUCUGUGAGGUAGUCACUGCAUGUUGCCUGAAUUUGAUAGGAAUGGGCAUAUUUUGGCAUUGCCACAUUUUGCUACUUGCAUCCUGCAGAAGCACCAGACUUGUCAACUUUUCCAGUGAACUACUCUAGCCCAGGACACGUCAUGUACUUCACGCGUUUCAUCUCCAGAAGACCACCUUUAAUAAUGUAUUUUGACCCAACUGCGAAAAACCCGGUGACCUCAGUGGGAGUCGAAACCACCACAGUAAGGGGAAAGGCUUGAGUACAUCUAACGCUCCAGCCACCUGAGCUAUGAGACCCCACCGGGGGUCGUGAGUUUAAUUCCAUUUGGGUCAAGUUACUCGUCCAGUCUACUGCAAUGUCGGGAAUCCGCCAAAUAUAAUGCAGUAAGCUGACUGCUAAAGCACGAUUUCCUAGGACAUCCAUUUAGAAUCGAUCAAAUGACUACUAGGACCACGUAAUUAGUAGGUGGUUUGACCGAUUUUGAAUAAUUUACUUUGACUUAACUGUGAAAAAUUCGGUGACCUCGUUGGGAUUCGCAUGCACAACAGCAAGGCUAAGGCUUGAGCACAGCCAACAUUUUAUCCAGGAGAACUAAGUUUAAAGUGUCUGUGACCUAGAACGCAUAGAGGUCCGUCUAUCCAGAGCCCUCUAACAGUAAAAACCAUGUUAGGUCAAUCCGCAUGUUCCACGGCUGCUUUUUUGUUGUCAUGAAAUCAUCCGCACUGAGCCAACACUAGGCUACUAAACUCAUCCUGUAAGAAUGUAUUCCGGUUGGACGAGGGAAUAUGGACCCCCCUACAACAAAUUCCAGGGGACACCCAUUCCCGUAUCCCAACAUUACCUCUGACCCCAACCUCCCCCCUUCGGAUUCAGCUCGAGGCCACCUGGCCUCCGGGGGCCCAUAUUCCCAUGCUCUACCGGCAUUUUGAUUGCAACACACCUCCGAGUAUCCUAGUUAUUAGAACUAUUGAUUCAAGUUCUGCAGUCCAUUCCAGGUUUCUAACCUUCCACACAGGGUCCGAUAAGGCUAGCUGUCAACAGCAACCUAAUCACCUAUAAUUAAUACUGCUUUCGACUUCAUUGAUAACAAAAUACUCUGGGACAAAUAUUAUACUUCUGGGCACUCCUAAGUUUAUCGUCAGGGGGCAAAAUACAAUGGCAGGAACCACAGCCAUUGAACAUUUUAACCAAUCAGCAGCCGGUUUUGCAAAUCAGGAGACACGUUUGCAUGGCAUCAAGUUCUAGACGAGAUCGAUAUACCGGUUUUAUGGAUAUCUUUGUUAAAAUAGUAAUCACUCCCUUGCAUGCACUUUUCAUUGUGGUAUUCAGACUGUCCUGCAUGUGUUAAUAAGUCUGUCAGCAUGUGAUACACAUAGUUGCUAGCUUAUCCUUUCUCCAUGCCUUACCAUCCGGACAACCAAAACUGGGAACCUGACUUUUGUACACAAAAUUUAUCAAAUGGCAUUUAGAGCUUGGUCUAGCGAACCUCCAACCGGCAAGAAACGGAGAGAUGCAUCUUGCUGGUUCAGCACAGUUCACGAAGUAUAAAAGUAAGAAAGUAGUGAAAGGACGACCGCCUAGCUUCUGUAUAGAUACGUCCGUCGUUUACCCACAAAACUGCCGAUUCCCGUACGUGGUUGACCUAGCAAAGACCCUGGUUGUCAACCUCUUGUAGGUUCUAACCACGAAAGGGGACGACAUCAUGAACUAAACGAAACCACUUAUAAUGAUCUUUCCUAACUUCUCUAAAGCUGAUACGGAGUCACGCAGGUUUGUUUGCUUUGAAUAAACUGACACAAUUCGUUUGUCUUUUUGCGUGGAAGAGAAUGCUCCUCCGGGAUAUAUGCCUGCAGUGUUGGCAGGAGUCAAUGUGUACAUUUACACUGGCGAGAGUAGUCCUAAUAGUAUUCUGUCUUAUUUCUGAAAUCCUACACAGAAUUCUGUCUGAUGGCACAGACAGGAUCCUCUGGAUCUUUAAUUACGCUGACAUUUCCGUUUAUGAGCUUUCUUUCUUUUCCCUAGAACUUAGUUCAAAAUUACGUCUUUCACAAUUAUGAAAGUCAGCUGCAUCACAGGAGCAAGGUGGACCCCCGCAAACAGAAUCUCGAGGACAGAACUCACGCCGUGGUCAAUCUCCUCUUCGCCGCUAACAACAACGAUGUCAACGCACUCCGAAGGUGCCCAGACAACCCCUUCCCCUUUGAAAUUUCGUUGUGUCCGCUUAAAUUCUGCAUUUUUAUCACACAAGGGACAUAGUCCGUAAUUCUGUGACGGUCAAGGAUGUGAGAUCAACUUAAACCACGCACAAUAAGUUCGUUUCGUCUAACGUCAGAAGUCUGGGAGCUAUGAGGACCAGUUUAUUCCGUACACAGUGCAGGUUGCCGUAAGUUGGCUGUUUGCUUGCAACAGAAAUAAGCGUCCGUUCACUGUGAGCGUCAGUCGCGGUGUGUUGUUUACGCGGGAAUGAGUGUCUGGGUCAUCAGGAGGGGGGUGACUGGCUGAGUGUUGGUCGUGUGAUUGGACAAAUUAUGGGAGGAAUAGGGGGGCGCGUACUCAUAAUGCCUCACGGGUAUCAAGCCAGGGCGUCAGACGCGCAUGAGGUGAUGAAAGUUUGUGAGGUCAGCCGACUGUCACUGAAGUUGGACCGGGGGUGUCUGAGUGUUAGCCGGCGGGGGUGGCCGUGUGUCAACAGCUGUCGCGGUUAUUGUUCGACAAAACGGUGACGGAGAACAACUGGUCUGGAGCGGCUGCUACAGUCCAAAUAAUCAGAUCAUCUGCAGUGAGAGGUCAUGGCAGGCACAGAACUCUCACACCCCGAUGGAGUUGAAACUUCCACCUCGCAGUUUUGCAUCAAGUCUCCGGUAGUCGAUCUGCAGAUGACGUGUUUUCCAGCUCUGUGUAGACCAACCUUUUAGGCACAAGAGACCUGGUGACCCCGCCCGUAUUGUCCUAAAGCAAGUCAUGGACAACUCUAGUGGUUGGGGCUAGAGGCUGACCAGCUAGCCCCUUACAAGUCUUCAUUACAUUAUUAGAUUCCAUAUUGCAAGUCCCAUUAGAAAGUUUUCCACCUCUUAAUUUGUCCCGCGUACUUAGACGCUCAAUGAGUUCUCAGCUGAAUUCAUCUGCCCCUUUUGAUCCUGAGAUCCUCACUGAGAUCUCAUUGAAUGUCCUUAACUUCUGUUUGUCCAGGUGUAUGCUGGCUGGUUACGACCUGAAUAUGGCCGACUACGAUGGUCGCACGGGCCUCCACGUUGCAGCCAGUGUGGGAGCCUUUGAGAGUGUUCGUUUCUUUUUGGAGGUGGCGCACGUCAACCCGGAGCCGAAGGACCGCUGGGGUCACAGUCCGCAGUCUGAAGCAAAACUUUUCGGCCAUCAUGCCAUCUACGACUACUUAGAACGGUACUAA